AUGGGCAAGAUCAAGGUCGGCAUCAACGGCUUCGGCCGCAUCGGCCGCCUGGCGAUGCGCAUCGGCUGGGACAGCGACAAGUUCGAGGUCGUCCAUGUCAACGAGUUCCCCGGCGCGCUCGAGUCCAGCGCAUACCUCCUCAAGUUCGACUCUGUUCACGGCACCUGGGGGCCCGAGGUGGAGGACGAGGGCGGCUGCAUGGUCAUCAAGGACGGGGACCGCGUUGCCAAGGUGACGUACACGACCGCGAACAGCCCCGGCGGCGUGGACUGGAAGGCGUACGGCUGCGAGAUGGUGUGGGAGUGCUCGGGCGAGUUCCUCACGCGCGCCAAGCUCCAACCCUAUUUUGACAACGGAGUCAAGAAGGUCGUGGUGUCCGCGCCGGUCAAGGACGCGGAGAACCCGGUCCCGAACGUGGUGAUGGGCGUGAACCACCACGUGUACGAGCACGCCAAGCACGACAUCGUCACCGCCGCCUCCUGCACCACCAACUGCCUGGCGCCGGUGGUCAAGGUGGUGCACGAGAAGAUCGGGAUCGUGCGCGGCUCGAUCACGACGAUCCACGACGUCACGAACACGCAGACGAUCGUCGACGCGCCGAACGCGAAGAAGUCGGACCUCCGCCGCGCGCGGUCCGGCCUGGUGAACCUGGCGCCCACGACGACGGGCAGCGCCACGGCGAUCGCGCUGAUCUUCCCGGAACUCAAGGGGAAGCUCAACGGACACGCGGUGCGCGUGCCGCUCAUCAACGGGUCGCUCACGGACUGCGUGUUCGAGCUCAAACGGGAAACGACGAAGGAGGAGGUGAACGCGCUGUUCAAGGAGGCCGCGGAGACGUACCUCAAGGGGAUCCUCGGCUACGAGCCGCGCCCGCUCGUGUCGACCGACUACAUCAACGAGGCGAGGUCCGGGGUCGUCGACGCUCUGUCGACCAUGGUGGUCGACGGCACGCACCUCAAGGUGUACGCGUGGUACGACAACGAGUUCGGGUACUCGUCGCGCAUGGUCGACCUCGCGAACCUCGUCGCGUCCGGCAUGGGCGCGUGA